AAUAAUCAAGUUACGAUUGGUAAAAACAAUCAAUUGGUGAGCAAUUAACGGAAAACUUUCCCUUCGAAUCAAUUUUUCCACGAAAAGUUUGCUUUUGCUUUUCAUUCCUAUUCUUAUAUACAGAAAAUUUCAUUUCUAAUUCUUCAUCAUCAAUUAUCAAUAAAAAAUCAGUUCUCUCAAUUGAAAAUGUUUCUCUUUGAUAAUUCAAUUAACCAUAUUAUCAAUUGUUCCUUUAAAUUGUUAUUAAUUUAUCUUCUCUAUCUUUUAUUAACUAAAUUGAUUCUCUCUUUUCGUUCAGCUCAACGUUACAAAGGUUUGGUUCAAAAGAGAGGUAACUUUUUAUUUGGAAAUCUAUUUGAAGUGCUUCCCAUUUUCGGUGAUAAAACUCAUUUGGUAAGAAGUACACUUGAUCGUUAUACUGUUGAAUAUAAUUAUUCUGGUUACAGUAUUUUCUGGUUAAGUUGGUUCCCAGUGAUUGGAGUCGUUGAUUAUGCCAAAACUCAGGAGAUUUUGGCAAAACCAAUUCUUGAUAAAGGUUUUCCAUUUGAGUAUUUACGAUACUGUAUUGGAGAUGGAAUCCUUUGUUCAUCGGCAUCUAAAUGGAAAGAUCGUAAGCGAAUGAUUCGCCCGAAAUUUACCGCUAUUUCGGUGGCCAAUUUUGUCCCAAUUGUACAAUUGAAGACAUCACAAUUGUCAUCCAAAUUAUCAACUUAUUAUGAAGGUAUUCCGAUUGAUAUUACCAAAGUUAUUCCGAUAACUUCAUUAUCCAUAUUAAUGAAUAUCACCUUGGGCGUUGAUCUGGACGAAGUGACUUUGGCCUCACUUGAAGUUUCUCUUAGUUCAUUUAUUAAGAAUACACUUUUCCGAUCAAUUAAUCCGUUCUUAUGGCCGGAUUGGUCUUAUGAUUUAUAUGCUCGUGUUACUGGUUUAAAGGGAAAAGUUGAUUCGGUUAAUAAAAUUGUCACACAAGCGAUAAUUAAACACCUAAAAGAAAAGGAAUUGGGAAAUUUGUUGCCCAAAGAAUCAAUUGGUGUUGAUUAUCGAGCCGCUCUCGAUGAACCAAUUAUGGUCUACCUGUUGGAUCAACUGUUACGUGAACCAGGAUUAACCAUGGACGAAGCAAUUAAGGCCACGGUUGAAGAAAUGGAGACCUUAUUUAUCGCUGGGUUCGAUGGUCCAAAUAACGCUCUCGUUUGGCUGAUUUAUGUUCUCGGUCUUCAUGACGAAAUCCAGGAAAAGAUUUACAAUGAAAUUUGCGAUAUUGACGAAAAAUCAAUCGAUCUAAAUUCAAUUAAACAAUGGACCUACAUCGAACAAUGUGUUAAGGAGAUUCUUCGUUUAUUCCCUCCGGCACCAAUCGCCACUCGUAUUGUCACCAAAGAUGAACCGUUCGACGGCGUAAUUAUCCCCGCCGAUACUUUCAUCUUUUUUUCAAUCUACUCAAUUCAUCGAGAUGGUAACAUUUAUCAUGACCCGACAAAAUUUGACCCCGAAAGAUUUAAUUCCCAAUCAGUUUCAUCGUUGCCUCCGGGCUCAUACAUACCCUUUGGUUUACGUCCAAGAGACUGUAUUGGUCAACGAUUUGCAAUGAUUCAGAUGAAGUUAAUUAUCGGACUAAUUGUUAAACACUUUCGGAUUGUCUCAACUAAACCGGUUGAUCAAAUUGGCCAAGAAAUUGAUUUCACCUUGAAACCAACGGAACCAUUAACAUCAAUAUUUUACCAAAGAAACAACAAUUAACUAACACGAUUGAUGUAACUGUUAAUUGUUUAACUGUUUAACUAUUUUUGUAAAAUGAUUACAUGUGAAUAAAUUUAAAUCAUAUCUGGGCAAGUAAAGGUUAGUUAA